AUGCCUAUACCAAAAGACAAAAAGAUUAUCAUAAUUGGCGCUGGCGUCUUUGGACUCUCAACCGCCUUGGAGCUUUCGAAGCGAGGAUACAAUAACAUCACGAUACUCGAUCGCCAUGUACCGCCAGUAGUUGACGGAAGCAGCGUUGACAUCUCAAGGAUCAUUCGCUUUGACUACGCAGACCCAUUAUAUGCCCGAAUGGCGAAGGAAGCCUACCAAGGCUGGCAGAAAGAAUAUUCAGACUUCUUCUACCAGUCAGGGUUUGUAAUGCUCGCGAAGGACGCCUCGAAUGUCUACGUGAACAAGUCGAUGGAAAACGUUCGGUCUCAGGGUGGACAAGUUGAUGUGUUCCACAACGCUAACGAUGUUAAAAAGCUCUAUGCCGGUAUUACAUCUGACUUUUCUGGCCUAUAUGCAACGCACAAUGCUAGCGGAGGAUGGGCAGAUGCGGAGAAGAGUAUUCAACGAUUAGCGAGCGAAUGCAGUCUUGCCGGUGUAUCGUUCAUUACAGGGCCACAGGGUACUGUUCACUCUCUGCGACAGGAAGGCUCACGGAUAGUUGGAGUUAAUACGGUCAAUGGAGGGACGAUCCUAGCAUCGCAGGUGAUCCUAUGCACCGGAGCGUGGUCAAACAGACUGCUCAACCUAACCCACACUGCAUCUGCUUCUGGCCAACCUGUCGGGUUUAUUAAGCUAACUCCAGACGAAGCCCGCGAAUUGGAAAACACACCAGUCAUGAUCAACAUGACUACCGGUGUCUUCUGCUUUCCGCCCACUCCAGGCACGAACAUCCUCAAAUUGGCGCGUCAUGGCCAUGGAUAUGCAACGGAGGCAGUCUCGGAGACAACUGGACGUGUUAUAUCAUCGCCGAGGCGAGAAGGCAGUAACGCAAAGUCCGGGUAUCUCCCAGACGAUGCUGAUGAAGCACUCCGAGACGGACUCCGACAAUUCUUUCCUAAACUCGAGGGUCGUGCAUGGAUGAGACGGCGUCUCUGCUGGUACACGGAUACUCCAACUGGUGAUUUCAUUAUUGACCACCACAGCGCAUUAGAUGGUCUAUUUGUUGCGACGGGAGGAGCAGGACAGUGA